CACAGAACACAGACAGCUGUCAGAUAUGAGUCUGGGGCCGGCGUGCAUUUUCCUGAGAGGAGCUAAAAACAUUGCGCGUCCACUCAGUGACGAGGAGAUAGACGAGCUGCGCGAGGCAUUCACUGAGUUUGAUAAGGACAAGGACGGUCUGAUCAGCUGUAAAGAUCUGGGAAACCUGAUGAGGACCAUGGGCUACAUGCCCACUGAGAUGGAACUGAUUGAACUUAGCCAGAACAUCAACAUGAACCUUGGAGGAAGUGUAGACUUCCAGGAUUUUGUUGACCUCAUGGCCCCGAAGCUGCUGGCAGAAACAGCUGGAAUGAUCGGACUAAAAGAGUUAAAAGAUGCAUUUAGAGAGUUUGAUAUGGAUGGUGACGGCUCUAUCACCAUCGAAGAACUGAAGCAUGCCAUGCUAAAACUGCUUGGAGAAAAUCCAAACAAGAAGGAAAUAGAAGCCGUGGUCCGAGAAGCAGACAACAAUGGAGACGGGACCGUUGAUUUUGAGGAGUUUGUCAAAAUGAUGUCGAAAAAUUGAGAAAACACCUGAGACACUAAAGAAGACCUAAAACUCACUCCAAAGAAGAAAAAGACAGAGUCAGACAGCCAACAAAAUCACUGGCGACAGUACUAUGCAUAUGGGAACAUUAUUUUAUACCAUUUUGUUUGUGUAUUUUUAUCUUACUCUUUGAGUGCCACUUUGUUUAGCUUCACUGUUACAUGACCUUAAACACUGAAUCCUCCUUAA